AUGGCUGUGGCACCCAUCCAGGCGGCUAUCACGGCCAAGCUCACCCGCGUCCUCUCGCCGGUCUUCCUCGACGUGGUCAACGAGUCGUACAAGCACUCUGUGCCGGCCGACGCAGAGACCCACUUCAAGGUCACUGUUGUGUCGGACGCCUUUGACGGCCUGGCUCUCAUCGAGCGCCAUCGCAAGGUCUACGACGUCCUCGGCGACGAGCUCAAGGCCUCGGUCCAUGCCCUCUCCAUCAAGGCCAAGACGCCCGCUCAGUGGGAGGCCGCGGGCAAGUCCAUCUCCCACUCGACGCCCAACUGCCUCGGCGGCUCCAAAGCCGAUGCCUAA